AUGGUAAUGCUCACAGCCCCUACAAGGACCGUGCUGUCGGCUCCGUACGGUGUGUCGUGCUUCGCACGCGCUGCUGCGUCCCGAUCGCUGCAUCAGUCUGUGGCUGCGCGACGUGAGGCCGCUCCCUCGCGGCAGGUGGCACAGGUUGGUAGCAACCAGCUGAGUCUCGAGACGCCACGCAACACGGUGGAAUAUACUCUCUCUACAUUGGACAAGAUUGUGAACUGGGCGCGUCAGAGCUCGGCCUGGCCCAUGACGUUCGGGUUGGCGUGUUGUGCCGUAGAAAUGAUGCAUGCGUCCGGCCCUCGAUACGACCAGGACCGACUUGGUAUUGUCUUCCGUGCCACACCGCGCCAGAGUGAUAUUAUGAUUGUGGCCGGUACGCUCACUAACAAAAUGGCGCCUGCUCUGCGCAAGGUGUACGAUCAGAUGCCCGAGCCUCGUUGGGUCAUUUCCAUGGGCUCCUGUGCCAAUGGAGGUGGCUACUACCACUACAGCUACAGCGUCGUCCGUGGCUGCGACCGCAUUGUGCCCGUGGACCUCUACGUACCGGGCUGUCCGCCAAGCGCCGAAGCCCUGCUGUACGGUAUCCUGCAGUUGCAGCGCAAGAUCCGUCGGUCACGCCAGGCUGUGCUUUGGUACCGCAAGUAA